AUGUCAGGCUUCAUAUCAGAGCCAGCACGCACAGACGAACACCAGAUUGCCACCCCAAGUCAUGGAAAUUCGGAACAACCUCCGGGGCAGAGGCACAACAUAUCGUCAAAAGGCGCGGCAUCGAGCAACUCGGUGACAAUGAAUGAUUCCGGCGAGCCCGAGGUGGAGAUGGAUAUAUCUGCCGGACAGAAGAUGCUCUCUGCGGUAUCCGGCAGUCUCCUGACAUCUCUCCUUGUCACACCUCUAGAUGUCGUCCGAGUACGCUUGCAAUCUCAAUCCCAGACCUCGAACCUUCCUAUCUCUAAACCGUCCUCGAAUUUCUCAAAUCUGCCUCCAAAUAUUGGCGUCACAGCCUGCUGCCGCGAAGUCUUCUGGGUGAACAAUACCUCGCCAUUCUGCAUAGCCGCCAACCCCUCUCCAACCGCCACCCUCGCAACUCUCAACCCAUCCUUAUCCUCAACAGCAUCUCCAGCCGCCGACUGCGCGGUCGACGAGACUCGCCGCAAGAACUUCACCUCCACUCUCGAUGGGCUCCGCAAGAUUGCCCGCCAUGAAGGGUCUACUUCUCUCUGGAGAGGUCUUUCCCCUACCCUCGUCAUGUCCAUACCCGCAAAUGUCAUUUAUUUCACCGGCUACGAUUCUCUCCGUUCAAAUCCUCACAGCCCGGUACACAAUUACAUCCCAGAUGCUUACGCCCCUCUUAUCGCCGGAUCGAUAGCGCGAGUUGCAGCCGCAAGUGUCAUAAGCCCUAUCGAGAUGUUCCGAACGCGAAUGCAGGCCGCUACAUCUGGCAGCGGAACAGGUGUGUUCGCCGAAACGCUCACGGGACUGCGGACCAUGGUGCAUUCCCGCGGAUACACAUCACUUUGGCGAGGAUUAACGUUGACGAUGUGGCGGGAUGUGCCGUUUAGUGGAAUAUACUGGUGGGGUUACGAAGCUGUACGGAAUAGAUUGACAGACAUGCGAGAUCCUCCGCACUCGCGGACGAGAUCGAGAUCGAAACCAAGAGAUAGUGGUAAUCACACCUCGACGUUCGUGGACAGCUUCAUCGCCGGAGCCCUCUCGGGAGCUAUAGCCUCUGUUAUCACAACACCUUUCGAUGUCGGGAAAACUCGACAGCAAGUGCUCCACCAUGAGCCCGCAAAGGAAAUUGGAAGAGAAGCUUCAACAGCGCUAAGACCAGAAGAGCAGGCGAUGCCGCGUUUCAUCUACCAUAUCUGGAAAGAGGAGGGAAUGGCGGGCCUGUUCAGAGGCUGGGUGCCGAGGAUGCUCAAAGUAGCGCCGGCGUGUGCUAUCAUGAUCAGUAGUUACGAGGUUGGGAAAAAGAUGGCGAAGAGGAUGAACGAGAAAAAGAGGGAUGCUGCUGGAGAUUGA